GUUGUGUAAAUAGGUUCAACUUUUUUUUGCCACUCCACAAAUAAAAUAAUUUUUAAGAAAAGUUUAGAAAAUAAUUUUCGAAAGUUGAAGUCUUAUUGAUUAGUUUGGUUGGUGGCCAGCACUUAAAAUACUCGAAGAGAACACUGCCUAUUAAAUAGCCAAAUCUUGUAAUAAAAUGAACGGAACAACGCGUAUCGUCUCUGCGACUGUGAAGACCUUCUCGAAAUCUGCAAAUCCGGUAAUGCAGUCCCCAAAGAAGGUGGUGAAGCCACCUCAAACGCCUCAGGCGACGCGAAGAACCAUUUCGACCACUGGUUCUACUUCUGGAGUCACUUCGGUUUCGGGGGCUUAUCAUCAUGAACCGGGAAAAGUGCCAAUGGGUGUGCCUGCUGUUACUGCUACGAUUGCGACGGGAUUGCUAAUUGGUGCUGGAAUUUCGAAGAACAUUGCCAGUUUCUUGGAGGAAAAUGAACUAUUUGUGCCGAGCGAUGAUGACGACGAUGACUAGAAUAUUAAAAAUAGCUAUUCGAAUAUAUUAUUCUGUCAUUAUCAAUCAAAAGUAGAUUUUAGGCUUAUGAUGUGAUGAUUAUAAUUAUCAGUAUGUAAAAUGGUACUUGAAAUGGUUCUCAUAAUUAUAAGUCGGUAUUAAUUACGUAUUAUUGAAAAUUGAGGAAUUAUACCUCGCAGAAUCGAAAAUAGGUUAUAUGUAAGAUGAGCAUCCUUAUAAAUCAGAUACCUCAUAAUUUCCUGAUUAUUUUAGGGAGUCACUUCGAUGAACCCUUAAAUCGGCCACUUGAUUUAAUUGAUUGUGAUAAUACGACAUGUUAACAAAGAUGCGUAAAGACAUUAUUAUUGUAUUCUGUAUUAUUACUUGCUUUAUCCGUGUCUAGUCUGUGAAACGAUCGUCACAAAUUAUGUACUUACUUGAGGUAUUUCUUUUAGUAUUACUUGUGGUUUACGUAAAUCAUUUUAAAUGUAUAUGCAUAGAAUUUUGUCCUCGUAUAAAAUAAGAAGCAAUAAAGUUUACCCGUGAAGAAAAGA